AUGCCUUCCGGUAGAGUCGAACCUCGACCCAUCAAGCGAAUCCUCGUAGCGAAUCGAGGCGAGAUCGCAGCCCGCAUCCUCUCCUCAGCCAGAGAACUCAACCUGGAGACCUUUGCCGUCUACACCGAAAACGACGUCAGCCACACUUACAAUGCCGCCCACGCUAUCCAGCUAUCAUCCCCGGCGGCAUACAUGUCCGUCGACGAGCUCGUUCAGAUCGUGAAGAAACAUCACAUCGAUGCUGUACAUCCUGGAUAUGGAUUCCUGUCGGAGUCAUCUCUACUGGCGUCCCGAAUGGCGGAGAUUGACGUUAUGGUCGUUGGUCCGGGAGCUGAGAAUUUGGGUCGUACGGGCGAUAAACUCCAAGCGAGAUUAUUGGCGGAGGAGUGUGCUGUACCUGUCUUGCCGGCUUUCACAACACCGACCGGGAAGGUGGAGGAAGUGCAGGCGUUUGCUGAGAAGAAUGGCCUGCCUGUAAUGGUCAAAGCGGUGGAUGGAGGUGGCGGGAGAGGAAUUCGACUAAUUCGGAAGAUGGAGGACUUGAAGAGUCUGGUCACGAGAGCGAUUGAAGAGAGUCCAUCACGGCAGGUCUUCGCGGAGAAAGCCGCGGUGGAUGGGUUUAGACAUGUGGAGGUGCAGAUUCUGGGUGAUGGGAAGGGAAAUGUGAUGCAUUUGUGGGAGAGGGAGUGUAGUAUUCAGAGGAGAUAUCAGAAGGUGGUUGAGUUGGCGCCGAGUAUGGCAAAGGAUCGGAGCAUUGUGGCGCCUGUGAUUGCGGCUGCUGUGAGAAUCGCGAAGAAGGUCAACUACGCUUCUCUUGGGACAUUCGAAUUCCUCUUGAAUCCCGACACCAAGGAGUUCUUCUUUCUGGAAAUCAACCCACGAUUACAAGUCGAGCAUACCAUCACAGAAUCGAUCUGCUCGACCGACAUUGUCAAGGCUCAACUCCGCCUAGCUCAAGGCGCCACAUUUGAGGAGGCCGGGCUACAUGGUCUGUCCCAAGAUCCUCUCACGCCGCCACAACAGCACUCCAUCCAGCUGCGCGUGACUGCAGAAGACCCAGAGAAGAACUACUCCUUAUGCAUCGGCAAGAUUCAGUCCUUCAACUUUCCAUCAGGAGUCGGCACGAGAGUCGACACGGCAUUGGUGCCCGGUGCGCCUGCUGUCGUGACCUCGGACUUCGACAGCGUCAUUGCAAAAAUCAUCAUCACUGCUCGCACCUGGCCAGAUGUCUUUAGCAAAGCCCGCAGAGCUCUGGAAGACACUCGUGUCACAGGCAUCCAGACAAAUCUAGCCGUCCUGCGAGCCAUCGUUACACAUCCGGACUUCGAAGCUGGUGCUUGUGAUACGCAAUGGCUUGAAGCCAAGCACGAGGAUCUUUUGCAACGAGGUCGAUCGCUGCAGACGAGAAAAGAUCCCCUCCACGGUCUGGGACAGCAAAUUUAUAGCGGGGCAGCAGCCGCAGCAGCAGGUGGUGGCGGUGGUACGAUGUUCCGGAAAGACGAUGCAUGGACGAUUGACCUUCGGCCUCAAGGGACUCCUGCGUCUAAGCAAGACAAGGAUCAACAGCCAUACCAUUUGCAGCUCACCAAAGUCCUGCGUAACGAUUUCCCAGAAGACUUCGCUGCGGACAUCCUGUACACAGCACCCGGGUCCAAACCAGUUCCGUUCACAAUGGACGUCAAGACGACUUCAGCUUCGGGAGCCGCCAUGGGCUCUCAGCACAGGAAAGGAUCCAAGUCUGAUCCUACUCAUGUCAUUAUGCCGUUGUCCGGAAAACUGGUGGAGGUGCUGGUCGAUCCUGGCGAUAUCGUCAAGAAAGAUGAUCCGAUCUGUGUGAUCAAGCAGAUGAAGAUGGAGGUCGAAGUUCGAUCGCAUAAAGCUGGACUGGUCACGUAUGUGACAGAAGCCGAGGAUGAUGAGGAUGUCGCCGAGGGAAUGCUUGCUGCCAUUGUCGAGGACGAGAAAGCUCAGGCUAAGCUGUAG